UCGUGGGAUGCUGCUGAGCCGCCACGGGGCGGAGAAGACGGAGAAGGCGGCGGUCAGGCGGCUUCUGCGAGCCGGAGGGGCGGCCAGAUCCAAAGUAAUGAAGAACUGGGGCAUGAUUGGUGGGAUCGCAGCUGCUCUUGCUGCUAGUGUUUAUGUCUUGUGGGGUCCCAUCACUGAGAGGAAAAAGCGCAGAAAAGGGCUAGUGCCAGGCCUACUGAACCUGGGCAACACCUGUUUCAUGAACUCUUUGCUCCAAAGCUUGUCUGCAUGUCCAUCUUUGAUCAGCUGGUUGGAAGAAUUCACAGUUCAGACGGAGGCUGGCCAGCCUGUGUCCUCUGGGAACCAGUGUUUGUCCCUCACAUUACUCCAGCUCCUGAAAGCUUUAUCCUGUCAAGAGGCCACAGAUGAGGACAUCCUGGAUGCCAGCUGUUUGUUAGAGGUUCUAAGGAUGUACAGGUGGCAGAUCUCCUCUUUUGAAGAGCAGGAUGCCCACGAGCUCUUCCAUGUCCUCACCUCUUCGCUGGAAGACGAACGAGAUCGCCAGCCACGGGUCACGAACCUUUUUGAUGUACACUCGCUAGAGCAACCAGAAAUACCCCACAAGCACAUACGCUGCAGAAUGAGAGAGUCGCCUCAUUCCAUGUCGAAUCACUGGAAGCUGCACCAUCCUUUUCACGGGAGGCUGACGAGCAACAUGGUUUGCAAACAUUGCAGGCACCAGAGUCCUGUAAGAUAUGACACUUUUGACAGCCUUUCCCUGAGCAUCCCUGCCACUAAGUGGGGCCACCCCAUGACCCUGGACUGCUGCCUCCACCAUUUCAUCUCUUCUGAGUCGGUCAAGGACGUCGUCUGCAACAACUGCACCAAGGUACAGGCACAGGGGAGUGGGCAAGUCACCGAGAACCAGAGGACAACCUUUGUGAAGCAACUAAAGCUGGGAAAGCUGCCGCAGUGUCUCUGCAUCCACCUGCAGAGGCUGAGCUGGUCCAGCCACGGCAUGCCUCUCAAACGCAAUGAGCACGUGCAGUUCAGCGAGUUCCUCGUCAUGGACAUCUACAAGCAUCGCUUCCCCACCCACAAACGGAACCCCAGGAACCACCCAGAGGUGGUGUCGCCCAAUGCAAAGUCUCCAGACAUGGAACAGCCAGAUUGUCAUAAACCCUCGUUGAUGAACGGCACCUGCUCCCCAUCGUUGCUGACGUCCCCUGUAGGGUUUCCCUUCAUGGCAGCUUCUGACUGUGGCUCUCCAGUGUAUCUCUACCGUCUGGUGGCCGUUGUGGUUCACCAUGGGGACAUGCAUUCGGGACACUUUGUGACAUACCGCCGCUCCCCGCCUGCUUCCAAAAAUCCCCUGGCUGCCAGCAACCAGUGGCUGUGGAUUUCAGACGACAUCGUGCGCAAAACCACUUUGCAAGAGGUCCUCUUGUCCAGCGCCUACCUGCUCUUUUAUGAGCGCAUCCAGUCCAGGCUGCCGCAGCAGCACAACAAGGAGCUCCGGGCAGAGGAGUGA